UCGCUGCAGUCGUCCGAGCUGGUUUGCAUCAUGGGUCCGAGCGGAGCGGGCAAGACCACGCUCCUGUCCGCUCUCUUUGGCGACAAGGACCUAGCACAAGGCACCGUGCAUCUUCGCGGCGAGCCUCUCUUCAGAAACAAGAGGCGCUCCUCGCGCCGGCGACACGUCGCCUCCGAGAUGGGCUAUGUCCGCCAGAGAGACAUCUUCAUCGAGGCGCUGACCGUCAAGGAGACGCUGCUCUUCACCGCUCGCCUGCGCAGAGGCGUAGCGGCGCGAGUAGCCGCUGUGGUUCACGACAUGGGCUUGCAGCAGACGCUCGACACCACCAUCGGGUCUACGAUGAGGCGCGGCAUCUCGGGCGGGGAGCUGAAGCGUGUCAACAUUGCGGCAGAGCUGCUGGGCAUGCCCAAGGUGCUGCUGCUCGACGAUCCGACCUCCGGGCUCGACUCCACCUUUGCGCUGCUGGUGAUGGCGAAGCUGAGAUCGUACGCCGCCGCGCACGGCGUCGGCUGCCUCUGCACUCUGCAUCAGCCGUCGCUCCAGAUCCUCGAGCUGGUGGAUCGGGUGGUGCUCAUGGCGCCCGGCGGCGCGACCGUCUUCUCGGGCGGCCCGGCCUCCCUCGCG